AUGUUGUACGAGGCAACGUCAAACUCGGUGAUCGAGGAGCCGAAUCUCGACUGCAAGUCCUCCUUGAUCUUCUUGAGGUCGAAUGGCUCGAGCUCCAAACCUGGUCUGCGGGUCAGCUUUCUUCUCUUUCCAGCAAGAAUGUUGGUUCUCAAUGGCUCUGGGAAUCCUCCGUACGGAGUGCCCAUCAGUCCUUCAAAGAAGUCCAGAACAGAGUCGGGGAAGUCCAACUCGGAAGCCAGUCUCUCCACGUCUUUGGAAGUCAGCUUGUUGGAAACCAUGAACUGA